AUGCCCUGUAUGUACCGACGCACGGCAAAAGGCGCCCAGGGCGCCAGCGACUCGACUACCUGGGCUACAUCCGGAACCUGUUGGGGGACACCGAGGGUGACCUGCGGCCAGAGGACAUUGCCAACCUGGCGGCGGAUCGACGGUCGUGGGGAAGACUUGUGGUCGACUGCUCCGCAGCCGGACGAUGAUGAUGAUGUACCAACCACCCCCGACCUUGACCCAACCGGUACGCAACCAGAACCACAGAAGAGCAGUAAAAGUCAUGUUGAGUCAGAUUUGAUCUCUCAGGUGACCUACCGGACAUCUGGAGACAGGAUGGACCCGCGUGUGUCGGUACCCAUGGGACUACUCGUCCUCGGGGUUAUGGCCACCUGCGUGACUGGUCAAGAACAACCGGUGUACCUGACCACUGCAGUCCACUGGGAAUUUUAUAAGGUUCCUGUGGUAGGCAAGAUGUCUAAUACCAACAUCAGGACCACCUGCCUGGAUGCCGGGAUGAGAUAUUCGUGCUGGCACUCGGGUGUACAGUGUACCCGCUGGUGGACCUUAGGCUGCCCCACGUACGACGAUACCAGUAUCGACUGCCGUAUCAUCUGGUACCUCACUAGUUUUCUGUGUGGAAAUGUUGACCCUGAAUACUGCCAGCCCCUUGAUGACAUCUUUGUGUACAUCUAUGGUCUUGACUCUCGUGACAGCUCUUGGGGAAUAAACUACGACACUAACCAACGCGGCCUGUAUGGAGCGGACUACAGCAACAAGUACGCCCUGUGUGCAGUCGCUCCUUCGUGUGAGGCCUCCCCGUGUUUGCAUGGAAACUGUACUGAUGUUGUGGGAGGGUCGGUGAACUACAACUGUACCUGUGAGAGCGGCUGGGGAGGAUCCAACUGUGACCAAAUAACAUGUGAGGCGUCCCCAUGCAGUGAACAUGGAACCUGUACUGAUGGUGACGAAGGCUACAUCUGUACCUGUGAGAACCGCUGGGGAGGACGCAACUGUGACGAACCCCCAGACGUGUACCUGCACACAUACAACAACUGGGCCUUUUACAAGGUUCGUGCAAUCGGAACCAUGACCAACGCAAACGUGAAAACUGCAUGCGAGGCUGUGGGAAUGAGAUACCCGUGCUACUACACAGGUCCUACUUCUGGGUGUACCUAUCACUGGACCACAGGCUGCAUCACUUAUUCCAAGCAACCUGUCGGCGUGUGUGAGACCCUCAGGAUCCUCCAACAAGAAAUCUGUGGAGUCAUUUACGAGUGGGGUAAUCACUGCGAGGCCCUUGAUGACACCUUUGUGUACCACCAUAACUAUUUUAAUAACAUCGGCGCCUUCGGAAAUGACUACGACCUUGGCAAGACCUACAUGAAUGGAGUGAACUACGAAAACAUGUACGCCCUGUGUGCAGUCGCUACUUCGUGUGUGGCCUCCCCUUGUGAACACGGAACCUGUGCUGACGCUGUCGGAGACUUGAGGAACUACACCUGCACCUGUGAGAGUGGCUGGGCAGGAAUCCACUGUGACCAAGAGGUUAUAGAUGAAUGUGCAGACGGCACUCACGACUGCCACACUCAUGCAACCUGUACCGACACUCCUGGAGGGUUCACCUGUACCUGUAACGCCGGUUACAGCGGGGACGGAAACACCUGUACAGACCACUGCGACCCCAACCCUUGCCAGAAUGGCGGAGUGUGUAACAAUACUGGAGACUCCUACACCUGUGAGUGUGUGGAUGGAUGGGGAGGACCCACAUGUGAAACUGACCACUGCGACCCGAACCCUUGCCAGAAUGGUGGAGUGUGCAGCAGUGCUGGAGAGUCCUACACCUGUGAAUGUGCGGAUGGAUGGGGAGGAACCACCUGUGAAACUGGUUUGUCUGACUUGACCUUCUCCGAUAUCGAGAUGGACCGAAUGACCGUGUCCUGGACGGCGUCUGCUGACCUGGAUAUAACACGAUACCGACUCCGUUACCGCCAUGCUGGGGCUUCGUACCAGGACCUGUCUCCCCCGCCAGCACCGGGCGACACCACGGCCAUCGUACGCGGACUGUGGGCGGAUACAGAGUACAACUUCACCCUGACUGCGUUUGGAGAGGACGACGAGCAAAUAGGAGAGAUCAGUGGGACAGAGACAACAGCUGAAGUUAUCGUGAACGUGGACUGUCAUCAGGACCACAUGAGCGUGACCUUCCCUGUUGCAGCGCUAACAGAGGUAGAUGUGGAAAGCUUGCACCUGGUGGACGAGAACUGCCGUUCGACAAUUAGCGAGACGGAUCCCCCGGUGGUGACUCUUCGGACCGGUCUGCAGGAGUGCGGGACGACACAGGAGGUAAGUAGUCAAGAGAAACUCAUCUUCAGUAACGAGGUCUUCGGCAGUCCGGUCGUGCAUGAAAACGGAGCAAUGAGAGGAGCGCCCUUCAGCAAGAAGUUCCAGUGUGAGUUCGUCCGUCAGUACGUGGUCUCACAGGAUCAGAAUAUCCUCUUCAACAUUCCGCCUCCUCGCGUGCAAGUCAGGAACGCGGAAAACCAGUUCACCUUCGAGAUGCACAUGUUUCCAUCUGCAGACUUUGCCGAUACCUACACCUCAGACGACUACCCUGUGCAGGUGACCCCGUCUGACCAGCUACACUUCGGACUCAGCGUGGACUCUCCUCUGGACAACUUGGAGCUGUUCGCCCUCCACUGCCUCGCCACGCCAAGUGACGAUCCCGAAGCCUCUCCAAGCGUCAACAUCAUUCAAGAAGGGUGCCACAUCGACACAACGCUUCAGCUGAACAAUGCACUGUCUAACGACAUGGCCUUGUACUACUCCAUCCAGUCAUUCACCUUCCCCAACGUUGAACCUCCCAGCCUGGUGUACAUCCACUGCACCAUGGUGGUCUGCUUCAAGGACAACCCGGACUCGCGGUGCAGUGACGGGUGCAUCCCCGCUAGGCGGCGCAGGCGCGCUGUGUCUGACAUGAGCGACGCCCGAGUGCGACGUGCGAGUGAAACGGACGAAACAGUCACCAUCAGCCAGGGACCCUUCAAAGUUGUGGGAGGAGAAAAACAAGCCUCCGCCGUGCCCACUGUCGGCAUCGCUGUCGGGACAGCUGCGGGGAUAGCCGGCGUCCUCCUGAUGGUUGUUGCUGUCUUCCUGGUGAGGAAGAGACGUGGCCGCGACGUCAAGGAGCAGGUCGAGGAUCGUGUCGGUUUUGACAACUACUCGUUCGAGCUCUGGGGGAAGGGCAAGACAGCCAACGUGACUCCCAAACCCGAGUAG